UAAUUUUGAUUUCUUUCCAGAAUUACUUAAAAGAAAGCCAAGAAUUGUUGGUAAAAUCAAAUCCUGCCUCCUAUAAAGGGCUAUGAAAUCUCCAUAUUUUAUCUUUUAAAGGCCUGCGAGAAGCCAUUGAAGCUUAAGAUAAAGAUGGGGCGCGGAAAACUCACAAUGGAAUUGAUUGAGAAGGAGAAGGCUCGUAUGAUAACCUAUCAAAAGAGGAAGAAGGGUUUGAAAAAGAAAGCUCAAGAGUUUUCCACACUUUGUGGAGUCCCUACUUGCCUGAUAAUAUAUGGUCCAAAACUGCAGAAUCACCCUGCAGAGUUAGAUUUUUGGCCGAAGGAGCGAAAAGAUGUGAUGGAAGUUAUCAAUUUGUAUAGGGAGAAGGAUUUUUCGGCACAUGGAAACAGACCUCAGAGUUUGAUUGAUUUCUUUUCGAGUCGAAAGAGAAAAGUUGAUGACAAGAUUACUAAACUGUACAAGGCUAAUUUGGAAGCGAAAUUCCCCAGAUGGGAUGAUCGUUUCAACAGUUUUUCUGUUGAUCAACUUAAAGUACUAGUUGCUAUUUGUGACACUAAAAUUGAAGCUGCCAGAAGGAGGAUUGAAGUGUUAAAAGUCGAACAAAAUUUGAUGGAAGGUUCUGAAUCAGGGGUUCUGGUUGGAUUCAGCAAUUCUAAUCAACAUAGUCAAGUUUUGUUCCCAUUGUCUUCUGUGAAGCCACUUGACAUGCCACUGGCUUCUUAUUAUCCAUAUGAUCAAGUUCCAUUGGAUUGUAAACCUCUUGAUAAUCCAAUGGCGAUAAUGAUGAUGAACGGGGAUGAUUAUACUCAAUUUGGCGAUGCGUCUAGUGGCAAUGUGGCGAGAUACACUCAACUGCAGUACCCUAUGCAUUUUGAUCCAAUUCCAACACCUACAAUGCCAGACAAUGUGAUGUUCAACAAUCCCAGAGCUAUGCGCUUUUGUGGCCCAACUAUGCAGCCAUUGCCUCCUUUUGAUCAGUUUCCUGUUCUACCAAGUAAUUCUUCUCAAAUGUUCGGUUCUCAAGUCAACGAGUUUUAUCGUGACGCCAACAGGUUUGGACUCAAGAAUGAAAGAGAAAUGUUGCAGAACUUUCAGGGGUGAUUUAUUGUUUCAUCAAUAAAAGCUUCUAAUGAGCUUGGACUUGGGAUGAUUUAAUAUUUGUUUUAGCCUUCAUAUUCUAAGUCUAUUUAAG